GCUCGUCGAAACCAGUCCUAGACAGUCCGAUCUCAGUCCCCCCUUCAUCCAAACUAGAACCGCCGACCACCUCUACGCCAACAAUUGCGUCCCUUCCCCAACCUACCCUACCCUGCUGCUUCCCUUGAAUAUUUAUAUCAACCUCUAUUUACCCAAUUAACCCCCCACCCCUUUCUUCAUCUCUCUCUUGUCCCUAUCUUGCCCUUCAUACGUGCAGGGUGCAGCUGAUCACUACCCCACCUCUUUACUUGUUCCUCUUUUACUUUCAUUUUCAGGGUCACCACACCAACCUCACCCUUCCCCAGCCCCAGGCCCCCACCCCCUCCUCUCCCCUUUCCCCUAUUUGUCCUCUCCUUUCACUCCAAAAUCCUUUACUUGAAUUCAAUUCGAGCUUUUAAAACCCAGCUCCUGCUUGGGGCUUCUUUCUAUGUCUGAAUUUUCAAUACAAGAACAGGAACAAAUAGAAUUAGUUUCUCCCGUGCAACUUCUUUUUUUUUUUGUUGCUUUUGCUUCCAAUAUAUAUUUUAAUGAAACAAGAAGUAGCACCCACUUCUUAGCUCUCUGUGUGUCUCUCCUCCUUUGGACUUGAACCUGAGAUAUACAGAAAUCUAAGCAAGAAUUGAAAUCUCUAUUUUCUAAAUGGGUGUUUGGUCUCUACUCUUUCUUACCAUCUUAAGCUUUGCUACUCUCUCAAUAUCAGAUCCAAACGAUGAAGCAUGCUUAACGCACCUAAGCCUCUCCUUAAAAGACCCAACAAAUUCACUCCAAAACUGGACUAAACCCAAUUUUGCAAACCCAUGUUCUGGUUUUAACUCCUAUCUCUCUGGUGCUACUUGCAACAAUGGCCGAAUCUACAAACUCUCCCUUACCAACCUCUCUCUCCAAGGCUCUAUUUCUCCUUACAUAUCCAACUGCACCAACCUCCAGUCCCUUGACCUCUCCUCCAACUCUCUGUCUGGUCUUAUACCUGCAGAUUUACAAUACUUGGUCAAUCUUGCAGUGCUUAAUCUCUCGUCCAAUAGACUGGAGGGAGAGAUCCCUCCACAGCUUGCAUUGUGUGCUUAUUUGAAUGUGAUUGAUUUCCAUGAUAAUUUUCUCACUGGUCAAAUCCCACAGCAGUUGGGUCUUUUAGUAAGGUUAUCGGCUUUUGAUGUCAGCAACAAUAAACUUUCAGGACCAAUACCAGGUCCAUUAGGGAACAGGAGCGGGAAUUUGCCGCGAUUCAAUGCGACCUCUUUUGAAGGAAAUAAGGAUCUUUACGGCUAUCCUUUGCCUCCGAUGAAGAGUAAAGGUUUGUCAAUUUUAGCCAUUGUUGGGAUCGGUUUGGGAAGUGGGUUUGCAAGUUUGGUGCUCAGUUUUACUGGCGUGUGUAUUUGGUUGAAGAUUUCCGAGCAGAAGAUGGCCCUUGAAGAAAGCAAGAAUAGCCAGCUUAUGCCCGAUUAUUGACCGUAAUUCACUAUGGAUUCUUAAGAAGGUGAGAAAGAAAGAAAAUUUUCAAGGUAUGUUUAGGUGUAAUUGCAGUUGAUCUUUGAAAUCAAAAGUUGGUAUUUCAUUGAGGUGUGGGCUAAUGCUAGUUUUCUCAGAUGGGGUUCUUUCAGCUAGCAGUUGUAUUUUACUGAAUUUUGGAGGCUUUUUGUUUUGUUUU